UCUUGAUGCAGCAUGGGCGAAAAUACCAGAGCUCAGCUGCAGAUUUUUAAACUGUCAACGAUUUUUGCAUGACUGAGCAAAAGUGAUGUUCCAACAAUGCCAAUAGUGGAUAAACUCAAGGAGGCAUUAAAACCAGGUCGAAAGGAGACUGGCGAUGAUGGUGACCUCAACAAACUGCUGGCCUCCUCAGCCAAAAAGGUCCUUUUGCAGAAAAUAGAGUUUGAGCCUUCCAGCAAGGGUUUCUCAUAUCAGCUGGACACCCUGAAGAAUAAAUAUGUGCUCCUCAAUCCCAGGAAUGAGGGUGAUACAGGACAAAAAGGCACAGAACCUGCACAGAUAAAGAGGCAAGAAAAUGUGGUUGGGGGCCAGAGCGAUGGUAUUCCUGCUCCACAGAAAAUGCUGUUUUCUGGGAACAAACUUGCCCUUAAAUGGGAACGUGUGUACAGGGUGGGAGCCGGCCUCCACAACCUCGGAAACACCUGCUUCCUCAACUCCACAGUACAGUGUCUCACCUACACCCCACCGCUGGCCAACUAUUUACUCUCAAAGGAGCACAGCCGUUCCUGUCACCAGUCAGGCUUUUGUAUGAUCUGUGUCAUGCAGAAUCACAUCAUCCAAGCCUUCGCCAACACAGGCAAUGCCAUCAAGCCUGUAUCUUUCAUCAGAGACCUAAAAAAAAUUGCCAGACAUUUUCGCUUUGGGAGCCAGGAGGACGCUCAUGAGUUUUUGCGAUACACGAUUGAUGCCAUGCAGAAAGCCUGCCUGAAUGGCUACCCUAAGCUCGACAGGCAGACUCAGGCCACCACGCUGGUCCAUCAGAUCUUUGGAGGUUACCUCAGGUCAAGAGUGAAAUGCUCUGUUUGCAAAAGUGUGUCAGACACCUACGACCCUUACCUUGACAUCGCUGUUGAGAUACGGCAAGCGGCAAACAUUGUUCGUGCACUGGAGCUUUUUGUUAAACCGGACAUACUGAGUGGAGAGAAUGCCUACAUGUGUGCCAGGUGCAAAAAGAAAGUGCCGGCAACCAAGCGCUUCACAGUCCAUCGAACAUCGAAUGUACUGACCCUUUCACUGAAGAGGUUUGCCAACUUCAGUGGAGGAAAAUUACAAAAGGAUGUUGGAUACCCAGAAUUUUUGAACAUUCGCCCUUACAUGUCUCAGAGCUCAGGUGACCCUGUUAUGUAUGGCCUCUACGCUGUUCUUGUGCACUCUGGCUACAGUUGCCACGCCGGGCACUACUACUGCUACGUCAAGGCAAGCAACGGACAGUGGUACCAAAUGAAUGAUUCAAUGGUGCACUCUAGCAACAUCAAAGUGGUCUUGAACCAGCAGGCGUAUGUGCUGUUCUAUCUGAGGGUCCCUGAAACCAGGAAGAAUGCAGAUGGACAAAAUGCAAAGCAGGCAGCGUUGCAUCCUGUGAAGAACAGCAUGUCCUCUGAACAAAUAAAGAGGGACAACCUAAAUGGGCCUCUGUCCUCCCCACAGGUCACCAAGAAACUAGCGCCUGCACAACUUCGUAAGAUCCAGUCGAUGGAUGGUGGUUUGGGCCUGUCCAUUUCUCGCAAUGGUGUGAAUACACAAUCUCAGCCAAGACUGUCCAGCUGGACAUCCUCGCCCAAUGGUCCAACAAAGCUAACAAAUGGACCUGUGGUUAUUGAGGAACCUUUCAAGAAGCUGAAGAAACCUCCUCCCCAGGGCCAAGCGCAGUCGCACAGUGGCACUUCCUCCAAUAACUGCAUAAACAGGACAGAUGGGGAUAAACGGCAAGGCAGCGAGGGCAGAGGCAUAGCAUCGUCUACCUCAUUCAAGUCUUUGUCUGACUCUUCGUCUGCUGACACCACAGAGUCAAAGGAUUCCACGGGUCCUAAGAGUGCACCAGCAGGAGAGACUCAGUCUGCCUUCAGAAAAGGUUCGAGCAGCCUGGCAUCUCCAGCUAAGAGUGUGGAGUGUGUUCAGAGCACAGAGGAGCAGAAGACUGCUAAAAUAAAACCCCCAGCCCUCAACAACAUCACAUCUGAAUCCACCAGCACCAUGUCACCUCCACCGGCCAAGAAACUGGCCUUGUCAGCCAAGAAGGCUCGCAGCCGGAAUCUGAGCAACAUUGAUGCACCGCCUUCACCACACCAACUGUCUGGCGACCCCACCCAUCACACUCGACUUAACCCCUUUGCCGCUGCCUCUCCUACGUACGCUAACAGAGCUUUUCCAUUACGUUCACCUACAGGCCAGUCAUUGCCUUUUGCCCGCUUCAAUCAGCACAGCCCCCAGAAAAAGUCCCUUCUUCCCACGAAUCUCCUCUUUAAAUCCAAUGGGCUUCACAGUCCUUCUCCAAAGAGCUCCAAAUCCUUGAAUGACCUCAGCUUGAUAGUGCAAGAACCAGACCUCAGCAGCUUUCCAGCCGAACAGCUCAACCAAUUGAAGAGGAAGAAAAAGAAGCGGCGGCAUUCUGAGGUAGACGGCGACAUGGCGCACUCCACACCCUCAGCUGUACUGACGCACUCGUGUGUGGAAUCAACUAGUGAGAAAAAGCGAAAGAAAAAGAAGAGGGAAAGGCAGUGCGAGGAUGCAUCGAAUGCAAGAGAGCGAAUCUCCUCUCAUUUGGAAGCUUCAGUCCAGGAAGAUGAGUGGUGUCAGAGUGGGAUCUGGAGUUUAGCAUCUCCUCCAGAUGCACAACAGUCAAACCUGUACUUUCAGAGUAUGAAGACACCUUGUCCUGUGCAGUCUCAGGUAUCACUAGCAGAGGGAGACUCUGAGUCAAAUCAAACAGACUUGUUGAAGAAGAAGAAGAAGAAGAAAAAAAAAAAGAAGAAAAUUCAACUGAUGGAGACUCUGCAGGGCACAGUGUCAGUACGGCCUGCAGCAGAGAAUGGCAGUUUUGAGACGAAGCAAGCGGACAUUCAGAAUUCUAUGGAAGAUUCAUCGAGGUUGAAAAAGAAGCUGAAGAAGAGACGGUUAAAAGAGGAGCAGAAACUCUGUGAGGACAGCAGGAGGUGCUCUGAUGUGCUGAGUGAACCUGAGAAACCAUCUUUGACAUUGGACGUUACAAGCAAUGACAGAAACGGCAGCCAUGGAACAGCCUCCAUCGUGGUGUGGGACAGUCAGGUGACGGACGGCUACAAACGCUGCACAGCGCCAGCAGCUGAUAAAAAUUCAUUUGGAGACAUGCAGCCUUGUGGUGUUACUGUUGUUUGGGAUGGGAGAAAGAGGAGUGGUGUGGUAGAAGAGCUGCUCGGGAACGCCACCAAUAAGGCCUACGGUGCCAACGUACUCAGUUGGGAUGGAGAAGUUUCUGCUAUUAGCCAAGAUGCUGCUGAAGAUACCCGCCGUGCCAGGUGUGAAACUGUGAUCGAUGAGUGGGACGAAGAGUUUGACAGGGGGAAGGUGAAGAAAAUUAAAAACUAUAAAAAAGAAAUGUGGCGAAGUGGGAGCAGCUUGUUCCAGAAGAUCCAGGACAGGCGGAACAAGUGGUCCGUCACACUCGGAGGGAAAAGAGUUUUUGGACUCCGUCGCUGAGCAUCGACAUUGCUGUUGAGGUCACACUGAUUGAAAACAAAGAUGAUCGUAAUGUGUACCAAACGUCUGUACUGUUUUUAAUUUUCCUGCUUCAAAGCCAAAUUCCAGAAAAGAAGUAAAAGCAACUGAAUACCCUCACAACUUCACCUUGGCCAGAGGGAUUUGAUCACUCUGAUAUUUUUGAUAUCAAAUGUAAUAGCAAAUAGUUCGUGUGUCUAGAAUUGAACACCCCCCCCAGAUGUUAUAACUCAAAAAAUCUACAGCUACCACAAAACUGAAGAAAGAUUGCAGCCACAAAUCAGAAAAAGUUAGGAUGAUUAUGGAUUUUUUUUUUUUUACAUUCUGGCCAGCUUUAUUUAAUUUUUUGUUAAUAUGCACAUCUAUUCCUUCAUUAGGGCCUGCAACACAUUCCAACAAAAAGUUGUCAUGGGGUCAGUGGGAACGCAACAGGCAAAUGUUGCACCAUUCUCCAACCACAGAAGGCGAUAUCUCCUACAGAGUUGUGUGGGGUGUCUUGGUGACCUCUCUCACUAGUCUCCUUCCAGCAUGGUCACUCAGUUCUUAAGAACUGCUGACUUGACAGAUUACAGCAGUAACAUACUGUUUGUAUUUAUUAAUGAUUGACCCAGUGAAAUCCAAGACAUGUUCAUGUGUUCAUCCCGACUGUAAAAGUGAUUAUUUAAUCCUUAUUUUCAGAAUAAAUUUCCCCUGUACCAACUCUUUAUGGACUGUGUUGCAAGCCUUAAAUGCAGGAAUGGAUGUAUAUUAACAAAAAAUGAAAUUAAGUUGACCAGAAAAAAAAAUAUAUAUCUUUGGUUCAUGAAGUCUGCAAUGAAAUAGAAAUCAAAGUAAAUACAUUAAUCAGUGCAUUUUCUGAUUUGAGAUAAAGAUGAAUUCUGCAAUGCUUGUUAUUUGUGUAUUCAGGUCCAGAGGGCUCUGUAAAAUUAGACUUUAAAACUGACCCUUCUUUAAGUUUUUUCCUUGAGCAUGACUACAGCUAUGAGUCGGAGGUAGUACUAUGUGUGUGGCAUUCUGACACUGAGCGGCUGCAACAGAACCCAACGGCACCAUGCGGUGGCUAACUAUGUAUUGUUAUAUUUAAUAGUUUGAGAGGUUUCCUAAAGCUACAGUGUGUAGUAUUUAGGGGUGCUUAUUAGCAGAACUGGAAUGGAGAUGCAGGGGCGGUGGCCAAAGUGGUAAGUACACUUGGCUUCAGUGUACUCAGUGUACCCUGCCACGUGUGUGCAAUACAUUGCUUCGACUGGGUUCUGUUGUAGCCGCUCCGUGUUUGAGCGACACUCUCAGUACUACUGCUGGGUAUCCACAGAAAUGUUUUGUACCUGUAGCCACCAAGUCCUUGAAACUCAAUCCAGUAUAUGUUUUGUUUGCUGCAGGAUUUUUUUUUGUUGUUUUUAAAGACCAAUUUUUUGCCUGCAAAGUGUUGGUAAAAUUAUUUUUAUAAUUUUUUGUUUGUUUGUUUUUUAAUAAAUAUGCAUGCAAAUGUGAGUUUUCAGCUUUCUGCUAAACAUGUUAGAUCAUGUGUUGUUAAACAGUGGUCCAUUUAAUCCGUUUCAGAAGUUUAACUGCACAUUGUUUUUGGAAUCACUGGUUUUGUGUAUUUGAGGAUCAGCUGUGAGGUUGUUGGUCAGGAGCAGCUAAUCUCAGAAGCCCUUCAUUCCCUGCAACAGUUCUCACCUCAAACUGUUAUUUACCAGAGUACUGAGGACGGGAUGUUAAAUUUCUUAUUUUAGGCGCGGCAUUACUGUUGAGCUCCUCAUUUCGUACCUCGACCCUUCCAUCUGAUAUUUCUAUGCAAUUUUCUGACAGUCAGGCUGGUCACUUAGAAACUGGGCAAAGACUCAGGAACCCAGACAUUCUGUAACUCAUCAGAUCCCACUCCCAAGUUAAUACCAGGAACAUGUAGAACCCUUAUUCGCCCAAAACUUUUCUACCAGUAUUUCAGGUGUGGAACUCGUGGGAUCAUGCACUAGGUAGGUAGGUAUCUUAACAUCAUGGUAAGAAAAAUGUUUUGCCAGUGUAGAAGACUGUACAGUCCGUCUCAUGCUUCCUGUGUUUCCCCUCCAACGCUGUAAAGAUUUGCCUUCUUGCAUUUCUUUUCAUGCUAGAGAUGUUGCCUUGAAUUGGCUGUUAAAAAAAAAAAAAAAAAAAAAAGGUUGGUAUAGAAGUUAAUAUUGCUUAAUUUCAAGAAGAAAAAAAGACUGAUUAUUUAAUGUGCUACUAAUAUUCUAAUGAGAUGGUUAACUUCAGAAUUUGUCUGAAACCUCCAUGUGGGAUCUUUGUCACUGUAUGUGUGUAUGGGGGGCUCAAGAAGCUUCUGCAGCCAAAAUUCACAGUUGGUCAGGAGUGAAGCUGACAGGAACAAUUUUCAGCAGUGCAAAUGGACAGUCCAUGUUUAGAUUGAUGGUUCUGAUUGUCCCACUUUUUCUGCCCAGGGAAGAGACUUUUCAUAAUGAAAGUAGAUCUUAACUGCACCAUAGUUGACUAUAAAGGUGCAAUAAAGUGUUGACUU